AUGAAGCAAAAUGAUCCAUAUAUCUGGCAUGCUGUCUUGAUUGACGAGGUAAAAAAUAUUUAUGAUCAAACCAUCUGGGGUCUUCGAGGGGCAGUGUGGGAUAUUGAGAAGUAUCAAAAAGAGCUGGGAAAGUUCCAGCCACAAUUUCUCUUGCUUCACGACAUAGCAAGACACAUCAGUCACUCAAAAGAGAUCUUGGACGUGGCACUGGACACCGUGGACAGUGCAAUUCACGACUACUCCAUGUUGAAUGAACAACAACCUAAUUCAUCUUCUGAGAGCGCAUGCAAUUCUAGAAAAAUUCAAAGGCAGUUGUACUUUGCGUCAAAAAGCAUUCGUUCUACCAGAUUUCGCUGUAUUUCGCUCAGUGAACGACUCCAAAAUGAGAUCACUUUAGCAUUCAACAUUGUCUCUCAACGAGAUAGCGAAGUAUCAGUUCAGCUGGCAAAGCACUCGCUCAGUGACAACACAAUGAUGAAGACGGUGGCAAUUGUAAGCAUGGUUUACCUUCCGGGCACCUUCGUAUCGGGGAUUUUCGGCAUGAACUUUUUUGAGUUUAACACAGCAAAGAAAAGUUUGAACGUGUCCAACGAGUUUUGGCUCUAUUGGCUGGUCACCAUUGCCCUAACACUCACCACAACCUGUCUUUGGGCGUUAUGCUUGAAUCGAGAUGCCAUUAAGCAUUUUCUCAAGAUGUUGACACUAGUGAGCAAGAAGCCUCAAGGUCGUUAUUCUACCAACGCUGCGUGA